AUGUCAAUUUAUGAUAACGAUUCUCAACCACCUAGAAAAGGUCCUGGAAGACCUCGAAAGAUUUCUCAACCACCUCCAUCAUCAAAAUCUAUUAAUAUCGAAGAUUCUUCACAACCACGCAAAAGAUUAAGAAUAUCUUUUAAAAAUGAUAAAACAAAUGAACCUUUAGAAGAAUUUCGUAGAAAACUUAUUUAUGAAAGAGUUGAUGAACUUUCAAAAUUAGUUGACAAACAUGAUCUUCUACUCAGAGAAUUAUAUUUUCAUGAAACAAAUAAACCACUUGAAGAUUUUGAUCCUGAAAAAGUUAAACAUGAUAAUAGUAUACCCAUAGAAAAGUACAUAACAGAUCCUGAACUAUGGAUUAAUGCAAAUGAUUUAAUCUCCGACAUUAUUCAUGAAAAUUUUCCUGAAUUGUCUACUGAAAAAAAAUUUUCUCAGCAUCAUUCUCAUCAUCAAAGUAUUUCACAUAAAUCUAAUAGCUCAAAACGUAAUGCAACAUUAUCAUCCAACCAUAAUCAUAGAGUAUCCAGGUCUAGUUCUAGCAGAAAUUAUGAUUCAAAUUCUGCUCUUUACUCACCACCACCAUCAUCAUCAAAUUUAUCAUCUUAUUCUCUUCGUCGUAAUAAUUUCCAAGUUACUCGAAUUCCUCAAUUUCCUCAUUUUGAUGAAUUUUUGAAUUCUUUUGUCACCUUAGAUGAUGAUAAAGAUGUGACCAUAGCAGAGGCUGAUUCAAGAGCCCAAAAAGAUGCUGACACUUUGUGGCUUAUAUUUCAAUUAGAGAGAGAGGGAAGAUCACUAAAAAUUCCCCCACCUCAUCCAGAAAUUCCACAUGUAACAUCAAAUUGGGACAUGAUUUUAAAUAGUAUUGAAAAACGAUCAAAAAUGAUAAAGAAAUAUUCUAAUGAAAGGAAUCGUAUUACAAGAACAAUUAGUAAAGCAAUUAUUGAUUAUUUUAAUUAUUUGGCCAAUAAAGAUUUAAAAGAAAAUUUGAAAGAGGAAAAAAGAUUAAAGAAACUUGCUAAAACUGUAGCUAAUAUGGUUAAGAAAAAGUGGAUGCAAUGUGAAAAGGUUGUUAAAAAAAAACAAGAAGAAUUACUACAAGAAAAACAAGAUCGUGAAAGUAGGCAUCGUCUUAAUCGAUUGAUUGAACAUUCAGCUCAAAUACUUGAAGCACAACAAAAAGAAUUGUUAGGAGAAACUGUUAAACCUGAAAUACACAUUUUAAAGGAUACCAUUGAUAAUGACAAUCUUGAGCAUCAAGAUCCAUUAUUAGAAAAUGACCAUUAUAUGGAAAUAGAAAAAAUAGAAUCAAAUCACUGCAUAGAAACCUAUUUAGCAGUUGAAAAAGGAGAUUGGGGACCUCAUUUGAUUAUUGUACCUACAAGUGUACUAAUAAAUUGGGAAAGGGAAUUUUUUAAAUGGUGUCCAGGUUUUAAAAUCAUAUCAUAUUAUGGUUCACCAAUACAACGCAAAAUUAAAACAAUAGGGUGGACAAAAGAUAAUGCAUUUCAUGUCUGCAUAACAUCAUAUCAUAUUGCAUUAUUGGAUCAAGCUAAAUUUAAAAAAAUGGGCUGGCAUUAUUUAAUACUUGAUGAAGCUCAUAAUAUUAAAAAUUUUGAAUCUAAGCGUUGGAACACAUUGGUAACCUUUCGUGCUGAACGAAGACUAUUGCUUACUGGCACUCCAUUACAGAAUAACCUUACAGAAUUAUGGUCUUUGAUGCGCUUUUUGAUGCCUGAUGGGGUUACUAUUGGAGAUAGUUCUUUAGGAUUUGCUAAUCAAAAGGAAUUCAUAAAUAUGUUUUCUCAAAUUAACAAAUCAAUUGAGGACAAUGUACAAGCAGAUGAGGAAACAAUAGAGUUGGUUAGAAAAUUGCACACUUUAUUGCGUCCACAUAUGUUACGACGUAUGAAAAUUGAUGUUGAAAGGCAACUUCCAGCAAAGCAUCAUCAUAUAAUUAAAUGUAGAUUAUCAAAGCGGCAACGUUUUUUGUAUGAUGAUUUUAUGUCACGUGCCAAGACAAAAGAAAUUUUGCAAUCAGGAAAUUUCUUAAGCAUAAUUAAUUGUCUGAUGCAACUACGAAAGGUUUGCAAUCACCCAGACUUAUUUGAGGUACGACCUAUACGAACAUCAUUUGCUAUGACAAAAUCAGCUAUAUCUGAUUAUGAAAUUAAGGAAUUAUUGGUUCGUAAAAGGUUAUUGCAAGAAAUUGAUUCAAUUUCAAAUGUUGAUCUAUAUUUCUUGAAUCUUGUACCAACUAAAUUUGAGCUCAGAUUAAAUCAACUGAUAUCAAGUGAAUGGGAUGCAUCAAAUACAGAAAAUAAAUUCUGGGAGAAAAUUGAUUUUUACAGUGUUAUAAAAAAAAAUUUUGAUCCAAAUCAAACAGUCAACCAUUAUAGCAUUGUAGAAUUUAGUAAUAUAAUGCAUCAUCGUAAAAAAAUUGCAACUAGGAAUAGAUGGAAUUAUAUGCGUUAUGUCAAUUCUCUACGUAUUAGACGUCAACCUAUAUAUGGGACUGGUUUAAUUGAUAUAUGUAGAAAGUUAGGUACAACUGUGUGUAACAGAGUAUUGACUCAUGCCAAAAAUCCUAGAGAAUUUUGGAAUUUCACAGAUGCCUUGUAUGAUAUGAUCACGUCUUAUGAGAGAAGAUAUCAAAUAAUGGAAGAAAAAAUAGAUAAAUUUGCAUUUGUAACUCCAGCUGUUGUUGCAAAAGAUAUUGUUUCCUUUUCACUAGGAGAAGUUUCAGAAAAUUUGAAAGCAAUUAUUAAAACUCAAUUUAAAGAUAUAUACCAUCCAAUACGUGUCAAGUUACAAAUAGCAUUCCCUGAUAAAAGACUUCUUCAGUAUGAUUGUGGAAAAUUGCAAGAAUUAGAUAUUCUUCUUCGUAGACUGAAAGAAAAAGGUCAUCGUGCACUAAUUUUUACACAAAUGACACGAGUCCUUGAUAUAUUAGAGAUAUUCUUAAAUAUUCAUGGGCAUACAUAUCUUCGACUUGAUGUAAACAUAUAUCGUUUUGUGAGUGAACAUACAAUUGAAGAAAAUAUAUUAUUAAAAGCAAAUCAAAAACGUAUGUUAGAUAAAUUGGUGAUUAUGGAUGGUGAAUUUACAACUGAUUUCUUCCAAAGAGUAGAUUGGCGUGCACUUGUGAGUGAUAUAGCACCAAAUUGUAGUAAUGAAAUAAAAGAUGAGCCGAAGGAUGGGGUUGAAUUAGAACAUUAUUUGGAUAAGGUGGAAGAUGAUACUGAUGUUGAUGCUGCAAAAAUUUCAAGAAAUGAAUUUGAAAUUGAUAUUCCAGAUUUUUCAGAAGAUUAUGUAGCAACAGAAUUAUCUUCACCAAUUAAAAUUGAUGGAACCAAUGAUGAUAAUCCUGAUCAUAUAGACAAUUAUAUGCUUCAUUUUGUUGAAAGGGAAUUAACAUAA